UCCGGUUCCGCUGUCUCAUUUAUUGGCGGGAAGCGGUGCUUGUUGUCAGCAGCCUUGGGAGGAACCGGAGGCUAAGUGGACCAUGACCCGGGUUCUGAACGGAAUAGUGGCGGUGUGCCCGAACCUGGGCAUCGGGAAGGACGGGAAGCUGCCCUGGCAUCCGGUUCGGCUCAGCAACGAAUUCGCUCAUUUCCGGAAGAUGACCUCCACACCGUCAGUAGCAGGGCGGCAGAAUGUGGUGAUCAUGGGCAGGAAGACCUGGUUCUCAAUCCCGGAGAAGAACAGACCCCUGAAGGACCGGAUCAACAUUGUUCUCAGCAGGGAGUACAAGACGCCACCUGCUGGAGCUCACUACCUGGCAGCAGACUUCUCCUCAGCGUUGCAGUUAGUCGACACAGAGCUGGCAGAACGGGCGGACCAGGUCUGGGUCAUCGGGGGAAGCUCUCUCUACAAGGAGAUGAUGGAGAGCCCAGGAACCAGGAGGCUGUUUGUGACCCAAAUCCUGCAGCAGUUUGACUGCGACACAUUCCUGCCUGAGAUUAGUCCAGAAAAAUACCGCCUGCUGCCGGAGUUUCCAGGAGUCCCAGCAGAGCCUCAGGAGGAGAACGCGAUCCAGUACAGAUUUGAGGUUUACGAAAGCAUUUAAGCUUUGAUUGGAGAGCAAACAAGGCGAAGAGAUGAGGAUCGGGUUCACGGCUGUCUGUGAUCCAGUGGAAAACUGUGGAGGCUUUGGAUAAACCUCAUAGAGAAGAAAACUACAGCAAGGACUACAACACAUGGCUGGAUGCUGAUGUUCAGCUUUGGUGCUUUUCUUUACUGGGGUUAAAAGGCGCAGUUAUAGGGGGACCUUCCUUCAAAAUGUUGGCAGGGAGACAUUUCUGUGCUUCUGUGCAGAGAACAUGAAUUAUUGCUUCUUUGAGGUUCUCUAUUCCUGAAAAGAGAGAGUGAAAAGAAAUGAAUUCAUUGUUUUUAUUGUUCCUGUUCAGUUUCGGGGCGAACCAGCUGCUGUAGGCAGGAUCAGUCCAUCUCAUUAAUUACAACUAAAAAUGUCUGAUUAUACUCCAAAAAUAGUUUUACUGUGACUGUUUUAUACACUUUGAUUAAAGUAAAUAUAAAUCCA